AUGGGAACACCUUUGACAGGAACAGUUAUUAUUACCGGGGGAAAUGGAUUGCUUGGUUCAGAAAUCGCUAUCGAAAUCGCAAAGAAACAUCCAUUCAUUCACCUGUUAUUGACGGCACGGGAUAUCAGGACACACGACGUCCGUGAUCUCACCGGGAAGAUCCGUUUGAUCGGCCCCAGAUCGGUCGAAGUUCUGUCGCUGGAUCUGACCGAUCUGAAAUCAGUAGCCUGUUUCGCCAAAACUACCGUCGACCGUGUUCACUUCAAAGACAUUCCGCCUAUUACCAGCUUGAUCCACGCAGCCGUUACAACGUCGUACGUUGUAGAUGAGCUCACUUCAGACGGCUACGAUCCUGUGUAUCAGACAAAUUGUCUUUCGCCAUUCUUAUUGACCAUCGGACUGUUCGAGGCUUUCCGGGCUGGAGAUGGCACACCAGGAGGAGGAGCGAAAGUCAUCAACAUUGGAUGCUCUGCGACAUCAUCCGGGCGACUGGAUUAUUUUGACCGCGACCAUGGAAGACACGGCAAACGAGCGGGAACUGCCCUGAGCGCAAAGGAACAGAAUAUUCGAUUUGGAAGCAGCAAGUUAAUGGCGAGUGUCGCAUUAUAUGCAUUGAGGCGGAGCUUGAUCUGGACCGGGAACAUGUCGCUCGACAUCUUCACUUUGGAUCCAGGAGGCAUGACAGGCCCGAGUCAUCUGCGAACUGGGGCGCCUAUGUUGGUCAGAGUCGCACACCAGACCCGGUCCGGGCUUCGGCCCUUUUUGCGCAUGGUAUCCAAGAGCUCUAUGAAUAAAGCCAGUGUUCCAGCCAAGGCAAUUGCCAGAGUUGCAUUCCAGAUCGACGAAGUGGAGAACCGACGGAGGGAACGCUACUUUAUUCUCGAUAGCGAUUACGAAGCCGCAUCCGUCCUGCCCAGUUUGCGUGACGCAGAGAAAGUCAAGAAGCUGUUACUGCAGAUACUGGGACAAGCUGAAGUUGAGACGAAAGAAGUCGACUCGGCUCCUAUACGUCCUCGAUUGAGCAUGGUUGCACCUAACAGAGUCCCGGGGUUGUUGCCAGGGUUCUCGGCCGCUCCAUUAGUUCUUGGCCCCAACCUAGUGCGCUACGGCCCUGUGACCGCGCCCGCGAUGAACCGACACGUUCUCGAGAAAGGCCACUCUGCCUACCCCAUCGGCUCUGCCUUUUCAAUAUCACCUAACAGAUUCCAGUCUCGCUCGCAACCUGCCUUCCGGAGACGCCGACAGCUAUUCCAGCGCCUCUGCCUCCUUGGCGGUGUGUCAUUUGUGCUGCUCCUUCUGAUCUACCCAUCCUGGCGCACCGCUAUCCUCCCCACACUUUCGUUCGGCCUUCUCUCCUCUCCCGGAGAUCUACACCUACAGACAGUGCGGUACUAUGAUUUAUCAGAAGUACAAGGGACGGAGAAGGGAUGGGAACGCGGGGAGCGGGUCUUGAUGUGUACUCCGCUGCGAGAUGCUUCGUCGCACCUGCCGAUGUUCUUCUCGCAUCUCCGAAACCUCACAUACCCGCAUAACCUGAUCGAUCUUGCUUUCCUGGUAUCGGAUUCCCAGGAUGACACAUUGCAAAUGCUGUCGCACAUGUUGGAGGAUUUGCAAAAUGACCCAGAUCCGAAGAUGACUUUUGGGGAGAUCUCGGUCAUUCAGAAGGACUUUGGGCAGAAAGUGCAACAGGACGUGGAAAGCCGACAUGGGUUCGAGGCACAGGCUAGCCGACGCAAAUUGAUGGCGCAGGCGCGCAAUUGGUUGCUGAGUGCGACGCUUCGCCCGACCCACAGCUGGGUUUAUUGGAGAGAUGCGGAUGUGCAGACUGCUCCUUUUACGAUUAUUGAGGAUCUGAUGCGGCACAACAAGGAUGUGACGGUUCCAAAUGUAUGGCGCCCGCUCCCAGAUUGGCUUGGUGGAGAGCAGCCGUAUGAUCUGAAUUCCUGGCAAGAAUCCGAGACAGCAUUGGCGCUGGCGGAUACUUUGGACGAGGAUGCGGUAAUCGUCGAAGGUUACGCCGAGUACGCUACGUGGAGACCUCACCUGGCCUACCUUCGCGACCCCUACGGCGAUCCUGAUAUGGAGAUGGAGCUUGACGGGAUCGGAGGUGUCAGCAUCCUGGCAAAGGCUCGGGUGUUCCGCGCUGGUGUCCACUUCCCAGCCUUUAGCUUCGAGAAGCAUGCCGAGACGGAAGGAUUUGGCAAGUUGGCCAAACGAAUGCAGUUUUCCGUGAUUGGGCUGCCGCAUUAUACAAUCUGGCAUCUAUACGAGCCCAGUGUUGACGACCUCAGACACAUGGAAGAGAUGGAGGCGGAGCGGGUGGCUCGCGAACAAGAAGAGCUAGCACGAGCGGCAGCGGCACAGAAGGAGACUACCCAGUCUAAGCCGAUUGUUGCCGAUCACAUCGUGGACCGUGAACAAGUUCCAGACUUUGGCGCUGACCCUGCUCAGCCAGUCAAAGACGCACGUGGUGAUCUUAAUGACCAAGCCCAGAGACUGGAAGAAGUCCCGAAGGCAAAACAAUGA